CACGCCCUGUGUGGAACCUCCCCGUUCUUAGUUGUGCUGCCUGCACAGGAGAAGGACCCGUUCGUGGAAUCUGCCUGGACUUUGUUUUGUUGUCCCCGCAACUCUAGAGACGCGCCGAGGAAAGCGGAACUACGGGAGCCGCUGCGGCGUGGAGUCUUGUUGUUGCCGCUCACAGUGAUCUGCCACGAGCGCUCGGACUGUAGUCGCACGGCAGCUGGCGAGGCGAUUACAUGACGGCUUCUUGCAGGAACACAGAUUUUAUUCCCUGAUCAUUUGCCUACUUGCUAAAGAAAUGCACAGAAUCUGACUCCACUCAUGUUCCUUACUUCCUUGUGAUAUUCAAUGAGAAUCUAGUUUUCUACACUUCAAGACUUCUGCUAUCAGCCUUGUUGCCACAGAAGGUUUAGAGUAAUGCCUCAUCACAGCAAAAAAGAUGACUGAAGAACUGCAUAUAUCUGGAGUUCAUCAGCUUUUAUUACAUAAGUAUCGUUGGUGGAGUUAUUGUCUUUCCUGAGGGCAGAACAGACCAUUUAUGAUGGGUGAAGAAAGAAGUCGGGGUGUCUCCCAAAGAAUGCUGUCUCCAUCAAGAAGCACAAGCAGCUGUUCCUCUAAGCUGGGGAGUCGACAGACCAAUCACAUUCAUCCUCAGAAGACCGUAGAAUUAAUAAAGAACCUAUGGGUAAGAAGAAGGCAGCUAAAAAAUCACAACUUGUGCUUAGCCUGUGACAAAGCAGCUUUGAACACAAAGAAAUUAUGUGGAGAAUGCCUUCAGAAAGCUGGAAGUGAUUCCAGCUCCAAAUUUCAGACUCCGUGGAUGGAUAGCUGGGAGAUUGUCGAAGGCCUUCGGAGUAGCACGAAUUAUGUUCAGGAGCCGGAGAAGCAAGAGGGGUUCCUUUUGAAGAAGAGAAAGUGGCCGCUGAAAGGCUGGCACAAGCGAUAUUUCUUCUUGGACAAAGGAAUUUUAAGAUAUUCCAAAAGCCAGGCAGAUAUGGAAAGAGGCAAGUUACAUGGCUGCAUUGAUGUUGGGCUAUCUGUUAUGUCUGUGAAAAAAUCCACAAAGUGCAUUGAUCUUGACACAGAGGAACAUAUAUACCAUUUGAAGGUGAAAUCUCCAGAGGUUUUUGAAGAGUGGGUGCUGAAGCUUCGGGAUCACAGGCUUUAUCGUCAGAAUGAAAUAUCUGUGUUUCCACAUGACCUAAAUGCUCAGUUCUUCCCAAUGAUCUCAACCACAGAAUCAGCUUCCAGUGCUUUUGAUCCUGUUCCCAGUCCUCAGGAUUUCAAUAGAAAGAAUUCUCUGAAGCUUGGUAACAAUCUACCAUUCUCUUGUUUAAAUAAUGACACACGGGUUCCAACAUGGCUCCAGUCUUCAGAUGAAAUGGAGAAAUGUGCAAAAGAACUUUCACAGUGUCAAAGUUAUAUAGUGGAAAUGAGUAACCUUUUGCAGAACAUGGAGGUUCUUCAUAGGACAUAUUCAGCCCCUUCUAUAAAUGCCAUUCAGAUUGGUACCAUUGAAAGCCCUAAAAAAGAAAAAGGGAUACACAGGAGAAAGUGGAGGUCAAAAGGUUUGAAUAAAGAUUCCAAGGGAUCCUUACAGGUUCCUUCAGCUGGAGUUAUGAGACUGCAUGCAUCCAACCCAAAUUUAUCAACCAUAGAUUACGCAGAGGAAAAGCAAUAUUCUGGUGGGGUAGAAAAUGCAGAGUUCACCAAGAUACAAGACAGUCUGUGUCAAAUUGCAAAUAAAGCUUAUUUCUCUUUGAAAUCCGCUUAUAAUACAGUCUUCUCAGAGAGGGAAAAACUGAAGCAGUUUCUAGAACAUGAAUCAUCCCUAUCUGCUCCAAUUGCUGGCCUAAAGAAUGCAUUAGCCUCGGAUAGUCCAUGUGAGGAAGGAAAGACUCUGGUUCAUCAGUUGUCCAACGAGAGCCGCUUGUCAAUCACAGACUCCCUUACAGAGUUCUAUGAUGCUCAGGAAGUGCUGCUCUCCUCGAGCUCAUCUGAAAAUGAGGUGUCAGAUGAUGACUCGUACGUCAGUGACAUAAGUGAUAACCCUUCAGAGGAUAACCUGAGCAAUGAUAUUGACAGUGAAAGACAAUCAUUAAAUGGAGGUUCUUUAACAACAGUGGAUGGUUGCUACAAGCACAGAACCUGUCUUCCUGCUACAUGCCCGAACACAAGCAACAUAAGUUUGUGGAACAUUCUUCGGAACAAUAUUGGUAAAGACCUCUCCAGAGUAUCUAUGCCCGUGCAGCUGAACGAGCCUUUGAGCACUCUGCAGCGACUUUGUGAAGAACUGGAAUAUAGCAGUUUACUGGACAAGGCAGCACAAACUCAGGACCCAUUUGAACGAAUGGUUUACGUUGCUACAUUUGCAGUAUCUGCAUAUGCUUCAAGCUUCUACAGAUCAGGCAGCAAGCCGUUUAACCCUGUUCUAGGAGAGACCUAUGAAUGUAUCAAAGAAGACCAAGGCUUCAGGUUUAUAUCGGAGCAGGUCAGCCAUCACCCACCCAUAUCUGCUUGUCAUGCUGAUUCAGAAAAUUUUGUCUUCUUCCAAGAUAUGAGGUGGAAAAAUAAGUUUUGGGGAAAGUCUAUGGAAAUUGUCCAAAUUGGAACAACAAAUUUGAUCUUACCUGGGUUUGGGGACCAUUAUAAGUGGAACAAGGUGACCUCUUGCAUCCAUAACAUCCUAAGUGGGCAGCGAUGGAUAGAGCAUUAUGGGGAAAUCAUUAUCAAGAACAACAACAGUGACGCCUGCCAUUGUAAAGUAACCUUUCUGAAGACUAAAUAUUGGAAUCCAAAUGUGCAUGAAAUUGAAGGGACCAUCAUGGACCGAAAUGGCAAAGUGGUACAUCGCCUCUUUGGCAAAUGGCAUGAAAGUAUAUUUUAUGGUUCUCCCUCUGAACCCACCUGCAUCUGGAGAGCAAAUCCAAUGCCUAAGGACGCAGAGCUUUAUUAUGGAUUCACAAAAUAUGCUUUUCAGCUGAAUGAAAUGGACCCGAAAAUUAAGUGUUUUCUGCCAAGUACUGACACUCGAUUUAGACCAGACCAGAGAUACCUCGAAGAAGGAAAUACUGAUUCAGCUGAAAUGCAAAAAGAAAGAAUAGAACAACUGCAAAGGGAAAGGAAGAAAGUCUUAGAAGAGAACAAUUUGGAGCAUCAACCUCGAUUUUUCCGGAAAACUAGUGACGAUUCAUGGGUGACAAAUGGGACCUACUGGCAGCUUAGAAAAGAGCCAGGAUUUGCUAAAAUUGACUGUCCUGUAUUGUGGUGAAAGGCAUUACAUUCUGUCAAGUGCUCAUAUGAACAAUAUAUAAAUCCUAUACGCAACACUCCUUAAUCUCUAUGUUGGAGAUCCAGUUCUCUAACCUAGACCCAAUGUGGUUUAAUAGAAAACUAUAUUCUCUAGUAUAUCCUGACCCAAGAUAAUGUCAAAAAAGCUAAAUAGUUUUCUUCGAGGGUCACCGCCUCACCCCUUUAAAACCAAACACACAUGGAAUCCA